AUGGCUUCCACCGCGAGCUCCUCGACCGCCCAGCUCGCACCGGUCUUCAGUCCCAACGCCACCGACGCCAUGGCCGCCGCCUCUUGCAUUUGCAACCAUCUCUCCUCCUUCACCGGCCGCCUCUCCGACACCUCCUACGCCGUCGACACCACGUACCUCCUCUUCUCUGCCUACCUCGGCUGCGCCAUGCAGCUCGGCUUCGCCAUGAUCUGUGCCUGCUCCGUCCGCGCCAAGAACACCAUGCUCCCCAACGUCCCCGAUGCUGCCGCUGCCGGCCUCUUCUACUACCUCUUCGGCUCCCCCUCCAACGGCCUCAUCGGCCUCAAGAAAGUCCCCUCCCCCACCGUCGACUGCAGCAACUUCCUCUGCGACUGUAUAGGAGGUGUCAGAGAGGUGGCCGGCGACGGAGGAGAGCUAGUCGCAAAUGUAAGAGGCGGUGGCCGUGGGUGUUACAAAAGAAAAUAUACUAGAGUCUAA